CGGGCGCCUGGGGCUGGCGGGGAAGGGGGCGGGGAUCGCCGAUGCCCCAGGUCCGAGAGCUGCCCGAGCACGCGACGGAGCCUCCGCUGUUGGCAGGGCCGAGCGGGCGACGGGCACGUGAUUGGGGCGGCGGGCGGGCUUCCGCCUGGGUCGAACGCGGUCUUCCUUGAGCGUCCGCCUCCCCGCAGGCCCGGGCCGAGGUCUGGCCGUCUGUGACAGAGCCGGGCGCCCACGGCCCGAGCGCCCGCGGCAGCACCAUGCCUGCACUCCUGGAACGCCCCAAGCUUUCCAACGCCAUGGCCAGGGCGUUGCACCGGCACAUCAUGAUGGAGCGGGAGCGCAAGCGGCAAGAGGAAGAAGAGGUGGAUAAGAUGAUGGAACAGAAAAUGAAGGAAGAGCAGGAGAGAAGGAAAAAAAAGGAGAUGGAAGAGAGGAUGUCACUGGAGGAGACCAAGGAACAAAUCAUGAAGUUGCAGGAGAAGCUUUUGGCUCUACAGGAAGAGAAGCACCAGCUUUUCCUGCAGCUCAAGAAAGUUUUACAUGAAGAAGAAAAACGGAGACGAAAGGAGCAGAGUGACCUGACCACACUGACAUCAGCUGCAUAUCAGCAGAGCCUGACAGUUCACACAGGAACUCACCUCCUCAGCAUGCAGGGGAGCCCAGGAGGACACAGUCGCCCAGGUACCCUCAUGGCAGCUGACAGAGCCAAACAGAUGUUUGGACCCCAAGUACUUACAACCCGGCACUACGUGGGCUCAGCAGCUGCCUUUGCAGGGACCCCAGAGCAUGGGCAGUUUCAAGGCAGCCCAGGUGGCGCCUAUGGGACUGCUCAGCCCCCACCUCACUAUGGACCCACACAGCCAGCCUAUAGUCCUAGUCAGCAGCUCAGAGCACCUUCAGCAUUCCCUGCAGUGCAAUACCUGUCCCAGCCACAGCCACAGCCCUAUGCCGUACAUGGCCACUUCCAGCCCACCCAAACAGGGUUCCUUCAGCCUGGUGGUGCCCUCUCCUUACAAAAGCAAAUGGAACAUGCUAACCAACAGACGGGCUUCUCCGACUCAUCCUCCUUGCGCCCCAUGCACCCUCAAGCUCUGCAUCCAGCCCCUGGACUCCUUGCCUCCCCCCAGCUUCCUGUGCAGAUGCAACCAGCAGGAAAGUCGGGCUUUGCAGCUACCAGCCAACCUGGCCCGAGACUCCCCUUCAUCCAGCACAGCCAGAAUCCGAGGUUCUAUCACAAGUGAUCAGAUUUUUAUCUUCAGCCUCGCUCCUCCCUGCCAUGGUGAGGGCUCCCUACAUGUCCCAGACCAAUAAAAACCUACCUGCCACUGCCCCUG